GAUGAGGUCGAGGUGGUGACAACGUGUCCUCCGAUGUUGUUGUGAACGAGUUUCAGUUUACCAGUCGGACCAAAACAAGACGUCAGGAGCUGCCUCAACUCGGACUGACUCUGCUGUUGGACUACAGACGGAAUGUGACGUCAUAUCCUGCCGCCCUUCUCGCUCGACAAACAUUCAAACUGUUGGCGGUAAAACUGGCUGAGUGCUGGGUUCAAUGCAAUGGCUCCUCACAAAUUUGUCAUUAAGUGUGGGAAUUUUGCUGUGCUGGUGGAUCUCCACGUUCUGCCCCUGGGCGGCCAAGAGGACGCCAGCUGGUUUACUACGGACCACAUUGAGGAGGUUACAGCCCUGGUGCAAGAUGCUGUGGACAACAGGGUUAAGCAGUACACAGAGUCCCUCCACAAGAGAAGACAACUCAAGCAAAAGAAGGAGCUGGCACCUGCUUCAGCCUUUUUUGUGAAAGGGAAAAAGUUCAACCUGGUUGCCAAUUUCCUGAAGCGCCACUUCAACCUCCGAUGUAUUUUCAAGCAGCUCCAUGGGGAUAUGCGUGUGUUUCCUGAACGAUACGUUGUGUGUGUGAGCUAUCACGAGGAUGCCUCAGCACACCAUGGAAACCCGAGCCUGGCCGCAACUGAGCUGAGCGAACAAAGCAGAUCAGAAUAUUUUUCCAGAGUGGGAGAAACCCAAGAGCCUUUAAACAGCCCCACAAAAACAAAGAAGACGGUGCUUCAAAAGAUAGCCAAACAAGCUGGUGUCCAGCAGCAGCUCUGUGCUUCCAGUAUGGGGGAGCAGCAAAUGGACCAGAGAGCCGACCCAAAAGAACAAACAGGGGAACUUAAACCGGGGGAGUCAGAAUCAAGCCAAAAAGAGAUUGUGCCCAGCUCUCUACAGAAGUUAGUCCCAGAAGCAGACGACAAGGUGCCUGUCCCUAGUGCCUCAACUGAAGCCACGGCUCAGACCGAGUCUACUCGAAGGCAGGGCCCAACUCAGGAACAGCAGACUGAGAAUAAUCCUCCAGACAGCAAAAACCCAACUGGAGCCUCAGUAGUUUUCUGGCAACAAGAAAUCAGUCAUGAGACCAGCAAGAGCAAAAGGUGCAAGCCGAGCAACGCUGGGGAAGACCCUCACCCACAGAGGGCCAAGAGGACGUGCCUUGGAAGACCUCCAGCCACAACGCAAACUCACUCCACCGAGUGCUCUACACAAACAUCCAAGCAUGACCUUCUUCCUCCACCGCCCCUUCCUCCUGUCGAAGCCAAGGCAGAGUCCAAGGCUUUCCCAGUCUCCGAGUGCAAGAAAACCACACUGGAAGUAGAGCUGCUUACGCCAGGGAAACGCGCCCAGAGGCUCCCCCUCACAAGCAAUAACACGGCACAGACAAACCAAAACAGGCUGGCCACAAGUCUGAGGGGCCUAUCUGUCAAGCCUGCAUCCUCGGGCUCCUCUAUUAGUUCCAGAUCCACACUCGGAGAGGAGGGGAAUAAAAAUGUGCCCAGAACCUCGAGAUUACGACGACUGAAGAGGUCCUGAGGGGAGGGGGUGGUGGGCGAGCUACAGUAAAGAUGCCUGACGCCACGGAGAUAGAGAUGAUAUUUUGUCAGGCUACAUGUUUACCCCAUGCAGUCUCCUCAGAUGACUCGCAUUUGUACAUGUCACAUUUCACUAUGAUAUCUACAUGUGUUUCACAGACACACACACACACACAGACACACACACACACACACACACACACAGACACACACAGAUCAAAUGCUGAACACAUUAUGGCAAUUGAUACACAAGCAUUUGAGCUACGCUUUGUCAAAUACUUGAAACA